GUCGAGCAGCCCAUUUAGCCCAUUCGGCUGCCGUUAAGGUUUCCGAGAAUUCGCCCGGCGGACUCGGACUCGGCAGCGGGGAGCUCUCCUCCUCUCUCUACCCAAUCUGCAACCUCGCGUCGCGGUUCACCUCGUCUCCAACUCCGACAGGCGCCAGCGCGUUCCUCUGCUCGUUCCGCCGCCGCGACACCUCGGGCGGCCGCCCGACCUCGCCUCAGUGAUUUUGUAGAACCCUCCAGCGCAUCAACAUGCUUCUUCGUAUGUUACGGACUAAAGCACACAUGUUUCGGCGUGACCCUCAUGAACAGAGCUCGCAUUCUACAAUACCUCGCCACUACAUUGCCCAAGAAACAGCACAGUAGCACACACCCAUCUCUGUCAUGUAUUUUGAUCGCAUGCAUAGAUGUUCAACUUUCAGCACAAUGCAUACAAAAGCAGCUAUAGUUGGAAUUGACUUUGGAUGCAAAAAUUCAAGAGUUGCAAUCAUUGAUUCCUUGGUACCAAAAGUUCUUGAAAGUGAAAUUUGGCGUCUCACGCCAUCUUAUGUUAGUUUGGCACCGCUGAAUUCAUGUGUACUGUUUGAAUGGGCUCUGCAACGCUUAGACCAUGUUGGUGGACGUGUUGUAGUUGGAGAAGUUGCAAAGCGUAAAAUGUCAACACAGCCUUCAGAUGUAGUCUUCGAUGUAAAAAAAUUGGUUGGGAAGAAAUUUGAUGACUGUGACAUCCAAACAAUGAGGAAAAGGGUCCAUUUUAGCAUUAUUGAAGGGCCAAAAGGAGAACCUUGGGUAGAAAUUCAGGGAGUGAAAUUUUCGCCUGUUGAGAUCACCAGUGUCAUAUUUGCAAAAUUGAAGGAUAUUGUUUUAAUGAACCAAUUUCAUCAUAAGUUUGAAGUGGUGAUAAGUGUACCUGUUUUCUUCACUGAACAACAAAAGGAAGACAUCAGGUCAGCAGGAAAAAGAGCAGGCUUAGAUGUAUUGGAAUUGAUAGAUGAAACAAGAGCUGCUGCUCUUUCGAGCACUACAAUAAAAGAGGGUUUCAUUGUUGUUUUUGGCAUGGGUGCUGGAUCAUACAGUGUUGCAAUCCUUCGUGUCUUUGGCACAAAAUUUGAGAUCAAAACUCAACUGGCUGACUCCUCUGUUGGUGGGGAUCAGUUUGACGAUAUACUUGUGGACUAUUUUGUUACACAAAUCAACAAACUUCAUUCUGUCGACAUUCAUGAAGAUAAGCAUGCCAUGGCAAUUCUUUCAGAAGCUGCGGAGCAAGCUAAAGUGAAAUUAUCAAGCCAACCUGAAGUCACAGUAUCGAUCCCUUACUUCACUUCAUCUGCUCAAGGUCCUGUUCAUCUUGACAUUACUAUUUCUCGCCCACAGUUUGAGUUGCUAGUUAAUAACUUGAUAGAACAAAUUCAAGACAAGUGUCGUAUCAUUUUGAAAGAGGCUAGCAUUACUGGCAAUGAUAUUGGUGAAAUUGUAUUCGCUGGGGGCAUGACAAGAGUUCCCAAGGUACAGGAAACUAUUUAUCAAGUCUUUGGCAAGCAUCAGACCGCAACGGUGGACCCUGAGGAAGCUGUGGUUAUCGGUUCUGCUAUACAAGCUGCUCUCGUUGUAGAAGAAAGGCGCGAGAUGAGUAGAGACAUGAUUCCACUCUCUAUUGGAAUUGAGUGUGCUCAAGGAAUUUUUACGAGGGUCAUUCCAAGGCACACCACACUUCCAACAAAACGGACGGUUAAGAUUCCUUCAUGGUGUGAUCAAGGAGAAUGCUUGCGUAUCAGGAUUUUUGUUGGUGACAAUGUAUUGGCUGAACAUAAUACGCAUCUGGGAGAGGUAGAAUUAAUCAGUAAUCGAAACUGUCAAGGUUAUGUUGAUUUUCAGUUGACCUUUGAGGUUGAUAAGGACUAUGUGGUUAAAGUAAGUGCCAGGAAUGCUGAUGAUCAGCUUGAAGCAGCUGAUGAUGUGAGGAAACCUUUGAAGCCCUUCCCAGUAUACGAGAAGGUUAUAGAUGAGAAACUUGUGAGUAAACAUAGUGUCAACAAUGCUGUGAGAAAGGCCUUACUUGACUGGCCGAUGUAUAUAGCAGAAAUCAAUGCCAAAUUGAGAAAUCUGGCAAGAUUUACAAUAAAUACUGUCAGUGAUGUUCUGUCUGUUAGAAAGGAUGAACUUCCAAAGGACCUUCGUGAGGAUGCAUUGAAGGCAGUGGCUGAUUUGCAAAUGGCAUUGUUUGGAGACGUUACUGUGUUAAAAGAUAAAGUGUUGUCUGCUAAAUCAAUUGAAUCAACUCUGCUGGAGUGGAGACCACCAUCAGAAUCCAGGGAAGGAGAUUUGCUCGCAUGAUUAGAAUUAAGAUAAAUAAGACAGUGGAAACCAACUAUAAACCAGUUAACUAUGUGAGGCUGCCUCUUAUUCUGUUCUAUAUAUACAUUUUUUUUUUCCUAUCAAGUUUCAUGGUAUUGUAGAACUUUGUGCGCAAGGAAAUGGUACCAUGUGAACUUUGUCGUUUACUCUUUUGCUUGUU